AAGUACAGUGACAUGAUGCAUAUUGUUGUCAAAAUAUACAGUAUACACAUUGAACAGUAGUUUUGGGCAAAAUGAGAUUUUUGUUUGUCAAAUAAGUUUUUAUUCAACCUUAAGAGAUCACAGAAUAAUUACAGGAGGAGGAAUAAUUUUCUUAUAACCACAAAAAAACAAAUACAAGAAAGAAAGAAAACCAUGAAUAGCAACACAAAACAUAAAAAUAAUAAUAAUUAAAAUGAGAUUUUUAAAGUUACCUUUGAGCUAUUCUUGUUUUGAUUCACUUUAAAUGCGACAUAUGUUUGAGUAUACACACAAAGUUUGCAUGGUUAACUUGAGCCAUUGGUUCUUCAGUUGAAUGUUCUUAAACUACAUAAUGUGGAUCAAAACAUUUUGACAUUCAUUUAGCUGCUUUGUACUUUAAUUUAUUACAAGCAACGUAAAAAAAACAUGAAUAUUUAAUUAUUGUAGUAGACAUUUUGAUAUAAGGGAAAAUUCAGGGAAAUAUGAUUUCAUACUCCAAACAUCUAUUAUUAAUUUGCUGCUGCAGUUUCCUUUUUAAACCAAUCAGCCUCCUUGUCUUGUACUUCCUCUCAUUUCAAGGCUUAUAAAACGUUUUGCUGAUGUUGUGUUACGGAUUGUUCGAGAGGACUUUCUGCUUUUAAAAGCUUCCUACCAUUGUCUUCAGUGUUUUUGGUGGCUUGUCAUUUCACGCAUGCUUGCUUACACUUCUUCAAGCUCAAAGGUUCUGUGAAGGAUUAAAUGGACCUAAACAGAUCGAGUUCAGUGGGUUCUUUAACUCAGUCUGGCUUAAGCGACAGGGCAGAGGAGCUCGGUCCUGUUCCUCCUUCAGAAAACAUCACAGUCUCAAGAAUUCUGUGCUUGGAACCGAACUCCUCACUGCCCUCCUGAUGUCUUCACAAGCAGCAUUUGUGUACGUCACAGUACGAACACCUUUACAUUACAACUUUUGCAUGGCAAACGUAAACCCGACCCGCCCAGAGAAACGCCCCACGCGGCUUGUGAAGCAUGGUGCGCGCGCGCGCGGCGUUCAUGAUGGCGGCGGAGGCGAGCGUGAGCAGCGGCAGCAGCGACUCGUCCAGCACCGCGGAGGAGGAGCGCGUGCGGCGGCUUUUCCAGACGUGCGACGGUGACGGGGACGGAUUCAUUAACCGAAAUGAUUUGUUGAUGGUCUGCCGGCAGUUGAACAUGGAGGAGUCUGUCGCUGAGAUCAUGGGUCAGCUUGGAGCAGAUAAACGGGGGAUGAUUUCCUUCCAGGACUUUACACGCUGUCGCAUGCAGUUGGUCAGCGAGAUCCGUAAGGAAGAAGGACAGCUAUCUCUUCUGUCCGGUGACUCGGAGAGGAGAAAACACCAGGAACCCAUCGCUUCAGGGCCAACCAGCAGUGAGAAUAGUUUAGGAGCUCGAGAGAGUUGGGAAUAUGAUUCUGGAGCGAGAGAUUUACUGACUCCAGACCUGAGCUCGCCUCUCCUCCAGAAGCUUCUAGAACAACCCGGUGAGCCUUCAGCGGGCUUUCACCAGCUCAUGACCGACCGCAGCGGCUCUCUGAGCGCCAGUUACCUGGACCUGGCCAAUACGCUGCAUCUGGCUGCUCUGGCGUCUCUGAAGGGUGAUGUUGUGGAACUGAAUCAGCGACUGCUGCAGAGCGCGAGAGAGAGAGACGCGCUGGAGAAGAGACUGGCUGAAGCACAGUGUGAGCAGUCGCAUCUGCUGCAGGAGCAUGAGGAUGUGCAGGAGAGGACCACUCUACGCUACGAGGAGCGAAUCACAGAGCUGCACAGCAUCAUCGCAGAACUCAACAAGAAGAUCGACCUGCUGCAGGGGACCACCAUCAGGGAAGAAGAUGAACUUUCUGAAAUCCGCUCUGAGCUCAGUCAGAGUCAACAGGAGGUUAAUGAGGAUGAGCAGAGCAUCGAUCAGGACCCGGACCAGGCGUCCAUCUCACUGCCUGAAAACCAGUCCACCCUGGUGACCGCAGACAUGGAUAACUGCAGUGAUCUGAACUCAGAGCUCCAGCGGGUUCUCACGGGGUUGGAGAGCGUCUUGUGCGGCCGUAAGAAGAGCACGUGCAGUCUGUCUGUGGCUGAAGUGGACAGACACAUCGAACAGCUCACGACCGCCAGCGAACACUGUGAUCUGGCCAUUAAGACGGUGGAGGAGAUCGAGGGAGCUCUGGGACGGGAUUUCUAUCCCAGUCUGUGUGAGGAGCGUCUGCGCUGGGAGAAAGAGCUCGCUGGACUCCGGGAGGAAAACGAGAGUUUGACGGCGAUGCUGUGCAGUAAAGAAGAAGAUCUGAACCGAACCAAAGCCACCAUGAACGCCAUCAGAGAGGAGCGAGACCGUCUGCGUAGACGGGUCCGUGAGCUACAGACACGUCUCCAGAGCAUACAGCCGGGGGGUCCGUCCAGUCCUGGCCGCCUGACGGCGGCGGGUCGACCCGUGAACCCCAGCACAGGAGAACUGAGCACCAGCAGCAGCAGUAAUGACAUCCCUGUUGCCAAGGUGGCAGAGCGAGUAAAGCUGUCCAAGACACGAUCAGAAUCAUCAUCAGUUGAGAGAUCCGUCCUGGGCUCUGAGAUCAGCAGUAUUGGGGUGUCCAGUAAUGUAGCUGAGCAUCUGGCUCAUUCUCUCCAGGACUGCUCUAAUAUUCAAGAGAUCUUCCAGACGCUGUACUCGCACGGCUCGGCCAUAUCUGAGAGCAAGAUCAGAGAGUUCGAGGUGGAGACAGAACGACUCAACAGUCGCAUCGAGCACUUGAAGUCUCAGAACGAUCUGCUGACCAUCACGCUGGAGGAGUGUAAGAGUAAUGCAGAGAGGAUGAGUAUGCUGGUGGGCAAAUACGAGUCUAAUGCCACAGCGCUCCGUCUGGCACUGCAGUACAGUGAACAGUGUAUUGAGGCCUAUGAGCUGCUCCUGGUGCUGGCAGAGAGUGAACAGGGACUGGUCCUGGGUCAGUUCAGAGCUGCUGGAGUCAGUGCUGUCGGAGAACAGGCGGGUGAGGAGAGCAUCACACAGAUGCUGAAGAAAGCUCACGACAGCAGAAAGACGGCAGAAAACGCAGCCAAAGACCUGCUGAUCAGACUGGACGGCAGCUGCGGCGCUGGGUUUGCGGUGGCUGGAUGUAGCGUUCAGCCGUGGGAGAGUCUGUCGUCUAACAGCCACACCAGCACCACCAGCUCUACGGCCAGCAGCUGUGACACAGAUUUCUCUAAAGAAGACGAGCAGAGGUUGAAGGAUUACAUCCGGCAGCUGAAGAACGACCGCGCCGCUGUCAAACUGACCAUGCUGGAGCUGGAGAGCGUUCACAUCGACCCGCUGAGCUGUGACGUGAAACCUCGCGGUGACUCGCAGAGACUCGACCUGGAGAACGCUGUACUGAUGCAGGAGCUCAUGGCCAUGAAGGAGGAGAUGGCGGAGCUGAAAGCUCAGCUGUAUCUCUUGGAGAAAGAGAAGAAAGCUCUUGAGCUGAAGUUGAGCACGCGUGAGGCUCAGGAACAGGCGUAUCUGGUUCACAUCGAGCAUCUGAAGUCAGAGGUGGAGGAACAUCAGGAACAGAGACGCAGAUCGCUCGGCAGCAAAGACAAGAGCAGAGACUCGGGUGAUUCUCCUGCGAUCAGUCUGUCUGAUGUGAGAACUCUGAGUGACAGUGACCUCGCCGCUGAGCUCACCAGCGCUCUCAGGAGAGAGAAGAAGUUGAAGUCUCGUGUGCAAGAGCUGGUCGCUGCGCUAGAAAGACUCACAAAGAGCAGUGAAGUCAGACAUCAGCAGUCUGCAGAGUUUGUCAAUGACCUGAAGAGAGCCAACAGUAAUCUGGUGGCGGCGUAUGAGAAAGCAAAGAAGAAACAUCAGAAUAAACUGAAGAAGUUAGAGUCUCAGAUGAUGGCGAUGGUGGAGAGACACGAGACGCAGGUGAGGAUGCUGAAACAACGCAUCGCUCUUCUGGAGGAGGAGACGUCUCGACCGCACACCAAUGAGACAUCGCUCUGAUACACAACAGCUCCGGAUCAUAACACACCUUGACUACAAACCCAAAGACACCUGACACAGCCAAUGAGACGUCUGUAAUGACCAAUGGCAGCAGUGCAGAACGGCGCUCUGACAUCAGACAACAAUCAGCGCACAUACACGCGUGAGCCGUGAGUCAUGUGACAGCUGUCAGUCAAGCUUUGGAAUAAAAAAUCCUGUAUCGUCGAUGAUGAAAAUGACUUUUUCAGCUAAAACAUAUGUAAUGAAAGGACAGUAUUAGUGUAAUAUUUGUUAUUAUAUGACAGUAUUGGGCUUCACUCUUCUUCCACACGAUCUCGGAGCGAUCCAGUCCAUCACAACCUUCCAGACACAUUCACUUACAUUUACUCGAGAGUAGAGCCUGAAAAAUGUGCUGUACUGAAGCUCCUCCAUCACUUUGUGUGAGACACACAUCACUGUACGCUGAUAAUAUUCACCAAUAUUUACAUCUAGACCCAUACAGAUGCUUAUGUUGAAGUGCCUGAACAUUCGACGCAGAACAGUCUGCUAAACCAACUCUUCUUUUCAUGCUUCACAGAUGAAAGUAAGUCAUGAUGUGUUGGAGCGAUAGAAAGUUAAUAAUGACGUGAGUUUUAUUACAUUUCGGUUCCUCUGAGACGGUUUUCAUCGCUCAUCGGUUUCGAUGGUGGCAACAAUAUUAACAGAGACGCUCGCGGACGUAUCGAUCUCCCCGAGGCUUCACAUUAUUCUACAGUCUGUCCUCAGAGCGACCGAGACGCUUCUCAUCAUGUUCACAUCAUGUUCACCUGUGGAACAAACUGCACAAUAGUGUCAGAAACAUGCGUUUCAUCCCAAAAUUCAAUCAAAAAAAAAGUGCAUUUUUAAGACGGAUAUGAUGAGUUUGCAUUGUGAUUUAUUUCAUGACUUAAUCUACACUGCAAAAAUGUUUUCUUUCCGCAGUAUUUGAUGUUCAAAUGUUUUUUUUUAAAUCUUGCAUCAACUUACAUUUAUUUACUUUAGAAGCAAAGUGACCUACGAUAAAAAGUUUUGCUUUCUGAAAAAAAAGUAAGCAAAAUGUAUGCCUCAAAAAUAUAAACCUGAAUAAAGUUUGACCUCUUUACACUUUAAAAACUGCGUCUAGUGAAGAACCACUAAACCUUGUGCAGUCCAUUUAUGUCUUUAACGAAUUCAACACAAAAUGACCCUUAAUGUGUAAAAAGUCCAUAACACAAAAAUGUGUUAUUUAACACAAUAAGUGUCACGCAAACUAUUGUGUUUGGGAGAGUGAAGUUCUUAGUUCAGGUUUUUCGGCAGAUAUUUCUCGUUUUACACAUAAUCUUGCUUUUGGUCAUAUCAUAGGUCAUCUUGCUUCUAAAUGUAUCUUGAUUUAAGAAUGUUUCGAUAUUUGGACGUCAAGACAAAAAUGCUAAGUUAGAAAUGUAUUGUUUUUGCAGUGUACAUUAUAUCAUGCAUUCAUAUAGGCUAAUAAAAGUAAUGUUUGCGUUUUCUAUUUAUAAUGUUAAAGAGAAUUUAGGCUAAUGCGUACUUCGUUGUCAUGAAAGUGUUACAAUGCAAAUCAUUUUGGCCUAAAUCGGGACUAAUUUACUUGACUGAAAUCUGUAUUCUGAUCUGUUGAGUUUGUGAGCGCAUGUUGGGAUGUCCCUCAAUCUUGAGAGAGAUGUUUCAGAGUCACAAUGAGAAAAUAUUCUUGAAGGGAUUUAUAAACCAGCGUCACAAGCUGAACCUGCGCUGGUGUUGUACACGUCAACACUGUUUUCAGUGGAAACAUCUGCACUUUUCAUAAUCCUGACCGUUUUAAAGACCAAAGCAAAAAUCCCAAAUUAAAUUCGGUGAAUUCAAGUUGUCGGGGACGCUCUGACAUAAGACGAAUGGCAAAAAGUAUCACCGUCAAAACGAAUUCAUCCCAUAUAUGAAUGUUCAGUUUUGGGUGAAUGGUUUCUUACAUUGAGAUGCAACCAUAAAAGCAGUGAGAUCUUAACAUGGCCGUUGCAUUUGUUUGCAUGCACAUAUCGAAAUAAUAUCAUGACGAUCUCAUCGCAUUAAACACAAACACAGGUUUCACACAGGUCAGAUUUUCUCCUUCAGACACAUUUUAAAAACACAACAGCUUCCGACAGGUCUAUAAAAGCACUUUUCCACAGUCUGAUGGAGUGGAUCACCACAUUGCCUUUGAUGGACUUUAGUUUUCAUCUUCCUGCAAAAUAUCAAAUGCAACUUCAACGGCUGCUGAUUUAUUCCUGCACUUCUGUGUUUGUUUGUUUUUUGUAAGACGCUGCAAUGCACAACAGUUUACACGCUUUUGUUCCAAAGGUGUUCACCCCAAAUAUGAAUGCUUCAUGAGUGUUUCCGUGUUGAUGCUGUUACGCUUAUUUUCAUUCACAUUUCUCUGAGGCAAAUCUUAAAAGCAAUAGAGAUGUUUCAUGUGGUCACUCGGUUGGGCUUCAUACUCAUCAUCAGCUCACACACAGACAUUGUUUAUGUGAACGUGCAUUAUUAUAGUAAUCCAUGCAGUUUGACUUGUGUUGAGAGGUUCAGAGGUCAUGAUGAACUCAUUUACAUGUGCUUGGGUAAAUGGCAGGAUGCCGUUUUUGCUCUCACACAUAGUUACAAGAGACUAUUUCAUUACAAUGAAGAUGCUCGCGCUUUCUUUUAUGAACAAUAUAAGCAUGUCCAUUUCAAACCGUGGGCUGGAGAAACUAUAACGGGGUUUGUGAGUUUGCACAGAUCUGUUUUUCAAUCAAAUCUUUGCAGUCGUUCUUGUUUUAUUUUAAUACAGAAUGUAUUUGUUUUAUAUAAUAAAAUUGUGAAUCAUG